AGGCAUGGAAUACGGGGUUACCACCAUUAUUCUACUGGCGCUGUCUCAUUCCCGUUAAAGUGUAUCCAUUGGCCUACUGGCUAAUUGGUUUAAUUUAUUAUCUUUGGCCACCAUUUUCACUUUUGGCCUUUCCCUGCCACUAUCAAGUGGCUUUGAUUGACCAUUAGUUUGUGAUUUCUCUCGUGACAUCAGCUUGUAAUGUUUAGCUCUGCACUGUGGCUCGCACUUUGCCCCAGUGGCUGGUUCUGUGGCGCAGCAAAUCAGCCUGCCCUACAGGACGGAAAAUAAUUCAGUAUCGGCUACAGGCUUAACAACAGUAGAGCAAUAUCCACAGCACUCAAAUAACCAUAAUCGCCCAUGUCCGCGCCCAAACCCAUCGGGAAGGAGUCCCUCAACAAGGUUAUGAAGUUGUUGUACCUCUCGACGGCUGCCGAUGUGCAAAGCCAGACCCAACGCCUUGCCAACGAAAUUCGGAGGUCCCACCUCCAAGACCGGCUUGAAAGUAUCGGGGAGCCCACAUCCAACUUCACUCUCCAAAAAAUUCCCUCUGUCACGACCCACGUUGAAGAGCAUCACCGCGGCACCGCAACACAUCCCAUACACCGUUGGCCAGCCCCAAUCGCACAUCCUCCACUUUAGAUCCAAAAACUCGCUCCUCACAAAGGUGGACUUUAUCAACUUGCUCCCCAGCGUGGAGCAGUCCAUAUACAACACUGCAGAGUUACCCAACCAGAGAUUGGAAUUUGAGGUUGUGAAGGCACGGAAACCAGAGACCUUGCUUUUCGACAACGGCUACUAUCUCAUUUUCCCUUCCUACGAACAGGCUUGUGUCUUCUGGAGUGAGACGUUUGGGAAGCAGUUGAGUGGAAAGGAGUUUCGGUUGGUAUUUGCAAGUCUCAGCGAACACUACCAGUGCAUCCAUUCCGAGACCUUGGGGGAGGUUCUGCCCGUUCUCCAGAGCUAUUUGCCUGAAUUACCGGCUUACUUCAGUCACAGCGAAUGGGAGACUGGCUACCACCCCCAGGCGCCAAGGCUUGUCGUCAAGCGAACCCAGUGUGCGUUGGUGCGCAAUCUUCCGUUCCACGUCACGGCAGACUCGAUCAGAAACACUCUCUGGGACUACGACUUCUACAACACUCCGCGAUCCCUUCAAUCGCUAUUGAAGGGCGAAAAAUUAACCAUGGAGCCCACCCAGCACAUCUUCCAGCACCGAAAGUCCAACUCCAACAUCUGGUUGUUGCGUUUCGCAAACCACAGCAAUGCCACACGGUUUGUGCGCUCAUUCAACGGAACCCAGUGGUAUGCGAACAACAAUAUCGCCUUAAACAAUUUCUUCAAGCUCAGCGGUAAGCGUGUUUCGGAAACAGGCGAAAGCGUCACUGAGGAGUAUGCUACGGAGCAUGAUGAGGGCAAGUACACAGAGCCUUUGUUGUGCGAAAUCCUUGAUUAAUGGGUCUUGUAUAUAUGGGGUAAUGAAAGAAACUUUCAGAUAC